ACUUUUUCUUCCCAUCGAUGCGCCCAGUUUCCUAUAAAUACCCCCUCGUCUUCACUCCCUCGCUCUUCUUUUUCAACCCGCUCUGGCUUUUUGUUCUUGUUGCUUGUUUAAAAAGGUUCGUGCUUUGGCACGGGGGUUCCCUUUUUAUUUCCUUUAUCGCGCGGGCAAAAAACGUGCUGUGGCAUCUCAUCAACUAGGGAUUUAAUCAUUACCCACGAUCACCCGCUUUGAACAAAUGUCCAAACCCGACCCCCACAUAACGAUGGAUAUGGAUCAAAUCCACAAUCCAAAUUCAAGGAAUUACCUGUCGGCUGGCGGCAACGGCCAUACGGAUCACCCACCGAAUUAUUCCUCUAACCCAAGCACGACCAUUGAUAUCCACGAAGACCAGCACACGCCGGCGGACGGCAAUGCCCACAAGCAGGAACCUCAUCCCGAGGAUAUUGAGCAGCUUCUCAAAGAGCUCGAAGCAGAAAUCACUGACAAGACGCAUUCUGGAGAACAAGAGGAUGCUGAAGAAGAAGAAGGCCAGAAAGCUAUUACCGUAUCCGAAGAUCUCUUAAGGACAGACCCCAAAACCGGAUUGACCACGGAAGAGGCGGACAAGAGGAGAAGAAAGUUUGGCCCUAAUCAGCUUGCAGAGCACAAGGAAAACAUGUUCUUAAAGUUUUUAAUGUUCUUCAGCGGACCGAUUCAGUAUGUCAUGAUUGCUGCUGCUGCACUGGCUGGUGGAUUACAACACUGGGUCGAUUUAGGAGUUAUCCUCGGACUCCUUCUCCUCAAUGCCGUUGUCGGAUUCAUGCAAGAAUACCAAGCUGGCAACAUUGUCGCCCAACUUAAACAGCAGUUGGCAUUGAAGGCUACUGUCGUUCGUAACAGCAAAGUAGUCGACAUUGAGGCUGUCGAUAUUGUUCCAGGUGAUAUUGUCAAGGUCGAUGAAGGUACCAUUAUACCGGCGGACGGAAGAGUGUUGGGCGAGAAUUGUUUCUUGCAAGUUGAUCAGUCAGCACUUACUGGUGAAUCCCUUGCUAUCGAAAAGCACCACAAUGACGACUUGUAUUCGUCCUCGGCUAUCAAGCGCGGCCACGGCUUCAUGGUUGUUACAGCCAUUGGCGAUCAUACCUAUGUCGGUCGCACUGCGGGAUUAGCGUCAACCACCCAGACCCGGGGCAAAUUCACAGAAGUUCUCAACUCUAUCGGUUACAUUCUCCUUCUACUGGUUGUUUUCUGGAUCCUCGCGAUUUGGAUUGCUGGCUUUUUCCGUAGCUUGGGCAUUGUGGACUUACUGACGUAUGCACUGAUCAUCACCGUGAUUGGUGUUCCUGUUGGUUUGCCUGCGGUCGUUACCACCACGUUGGCAGUCGGCGCCGCGUACCUCGCAAAGAGGCAAGCCAUCGUUCAACGUCUUUCUGCGAUUGAGUCGUUGGCAGGUUGCGAGAUCCUCUGCUCGGACAAAACGGGUACCUUGACCAAGAACAAGCUCGUCCUCCACGAGCCGUAUUUGAUGGACGGAGUCGAUGCCGAUACCCUCGUUCUCGUCUGCGCGUUGGCCUCUUCACGAACCAAGAAGGGUCUCGAUGCCAUUGACAAGACUGUUAUGCUCAGUUUGCUCACGCAUGACCGCGCCCGUCAAGAAAUCAAGAGAUACAAGACGCUCGAGUUCCAGCCCUUUGAUCCCGUUACGAAACGAAUUGUAGCGGUCGUCGAAGAUGAUGAAGGAAACCGUAUUACAUGCGUCAAGGGUGCACCUCCUGCUGUACUCAAGUUUGUCGAACAAGAUCACGCCAUUGACCGCAAGGUUCUCAAGGAAUACAAUGAAAGGGUCGCCGAGUUUGCAUCUCGUGGAUUCCGAUCUCUUGGUGCUGCCUGGAAGAAGGGAGACGAACAAUGGGAAAUCCUCGGUAUCCUCUGCUUGUUUGACCCACCUCGCGAUGACACUGCAAGGACUGUAACUGAAGCUAAAGAGCUCGGGCUCAAGGUCAAGAUGCUUACAGGAGAUGCCGUCGGCAUUGCCAAGGAAACUGCGCGCCAACUUCAGCUCGGUACCAACGUCUAUAACACCAAGAGACUUGUCGGAGGCUCCCUGUCAGGAUCCGAGUUGAACGACUUUGUGGUUGCAGCCGAUGGUUUCGCGGAAGUCUUUCCAGAGCACAAGUACAUGGUAGUUGAUAUCCUCCAAAAGCGUGGCUUCCUCGUUGCCAUGACGGGUGACGGUGUCAAUGACGCACCGAGUUUGAAAAAGGCCGACGCGGGUAUUGCUGUGGAAGGAGCGUCUGACGCAGCAAGGACGGCUGCUGAUAUUGUUUUCCUUGCACCUGGUUUGGGUACUAUCAUUGAUGCUAUCAAAACAUCGAGGCAGAUCUUUCACCGCAUGUACUCUUAUGUUGUCUACCGUAUCGCUCUCUCUCUGCACCUGGAGAUCUUCCUUACUACAUCCUUGAUUAUCCUUGACGAAACGAUCAACGUCCAGCUGGUUGUGUUCCUCGCCAUUUUUGCGGAUAUUGCCACUCUUGCGAUCGCCUAUGACCGUGCCCCGUUCUCUACCGAACCUGUCAAAUGGGAUCUUCCUAAAAUCUGGGGUUUAUCCAUCGUCACUGGUUUGCUGCUCGCUGUCGCAACUUGGGUACUUUACGGCACGCUUUUGAUCGAUGGAAAGGGCAUUGUCCAAAAUUACGGUGGAUUCCAAGAGAUCCUGUUCUUGGAGGUCACCUUGACUGAGAACUGGCUGAUUUUCAUUACGCGGUCGAACAGGACGUUGUGGGACACGUUACCUAGCUGGCAACUGGUUGGUGCUGUUCUUAUCGUUGACAUUAUUGCAACGCUCUUUGCCAUCUUUGGCUGGUUCACUGGCGUUCGCACCGAUAUUGUCACUGUUGUCCGUGUCUGGAUCUACUCACUCGGUGUCAUGGCGAUCAUCUCUCUCAUCUAUUACGGCCUUGCCAACUCCAAGAUUUUCUCCAACCUCGUACGCGGUCGUAUCAAUCGUCGUCAAAAGAACAAGGAAGACUGGCUGUAUACCCUUGAGCGUGUGUCCCGCAUGCACGAGCAGUCUAGCUGGAAGCAUCAGCCGCGCAGGCGCCGCCGUCCCAACGAUGACGACCUUUCUGAUGUUGAAGAGGAGGACGAUGACAGCGGAUCGACAGCGGAUGAUAUUGGCGUUCCUCCACCUCGCAGUGCGCGUAGACGUCCCUUGACGUGGAAGGACGAGGACUCUGGAAGCCAUCUUGCAACGCGCCAGUUGAGGACGCGCAAGUUGAGUGUCGAUCCUGAUAUGACCGAUUCUGAGGAUGAGUCUGCAGAGGCCAUUAAAAAGUUACUUUAAAAAAGGUUGACACCAAACAUUAUAGAACGUGUUUUUUUUUUGCUGGGGCAUUGGUUUGAAUAAAGAAAGCAAAUAUAUCUCAUUGUGUAUUUCAAAAAUCGGAAAAUAUAUAAACUCGUAAAGAGAAAAUCAA